UUCGAACAUGGAACAUGUGUGUGCGAUGAAAUUGUUGAGAAAGAAAUAUGGCUGCGUCAAAUUGUAGUGUUUAAUGACGUUUAGGUUGUGAUGUUAAAAGUGUAAUAAAAACGAUUUGUGUGUUGUAAGUGGUAAAUUUCGUAAAGUUUUUCGUCGAUGAUAGUUUUUAUUACAUAAUUGUUUAGCCAACCAUGGCGUACACUCGUCCAAAGGACAUGGAUGGGUUUUAUGCCCAUUUAGCAAAACCAGACACAAAAUUUCGACAGCAAGUAGGUACCGAUCUUCUAACUUUUUUGGCUGAGCCGUCGAAUCCUAUUGACUGUCAAGAUAUUGGUCUGUUUGUAGACGGAAUAAUCCCAUGGAUGCAAAGUAGUAAUUAUAAGGUUUCAAGUAAUGGUAUAGAAGUAUUGACAUAUCUGAUAGAUCGUUUAGGAACAGAUUUUAAGCCAUAUAUACAAACGAUAUUACCGAACGUAAUUGAUAGAUUAGGAGAUGCCAAAGACACAGUCAGGGAAAAAUCUCAACUUCUUAUCCUGAAACUACUUGAACGAAAUGUCCUAACUCCCCAGACGCUCAUCGAAAAACUUCAUCCAGGUUUUACACACAAAAAUGCAAAAAUCAGGGAAGAAGUCCUAAGAUGUUUAGUUAAUACAUUAAAUGAGCAUGGAGCACAAUCGUUGACGCUGAACAAAUUCAUUCCCGAAAUUGUUAAUCUGUUAUCCGAUCCCACUGCGACAGUCAGAGAUACAGCUUUAAACACCUUGGUGGACCUGUACAAACAUGUCGGAGAGAAAAUAAGGGUAGACUUACAGAGAAGGAAUAUCGUUCCCCAAACCAAGUGGCCGGUGCUCUCGGCGAAAUUCGACGAGGCAAAAGCCAGAGGCGAACUCCUACCGUCGGCUUCCAAAGGAGUAGAUUUAACUGAUGAAACCGACAGAGCUGUGAUGGCCAAACCAAUUGUACCGACGAAGAGGCACCUAGUGGGUAGCGCCGUAAAUAAACGGUCUACCUUCGCCCCCUCCAGCGCAAACUCCGGCGGUCCAGUUUUCAGCCGAGUUGGUUCCUUCCGAAACUCUACUAUGGCCCCAACGGGUGCUAUGGAUGAAGAAUCUUUUACAAAAAGUUUCGAAGACUGCCCGACUGUACAGAUUUUUUCUUCGCGUGAGGUAACAGAAACUUUGAAGAAUAUUCAAGAUACAAUCUCCGAUCCUAAUAAAGAAUGGAACAAGAGGGUGGAAGCUUUAAAGAAAAUCAGAUCUCUAGUCAUUGCGGGAGCGAUCAGUCACGAAGAAUUCCACGUAGGUUUAAAAAAUUUAGAAAUACCGUUGCAAGGGACGUUGAAAGACCUGCGGUCACAGGUCGUGAGAGAGGCGUGCGUUACCAUUUCGUAUCUGUCCAUGAUUUUAGGAAACAAAUUUGACAAAACAGCAGAGAUGCUGCUACAGCAUUUAAUUAAUUUAAUACAGAAUUCAGCUAAGGUGAUUGCUACAUCUGGACAAAUCACAGUGAAAUUUAUAAUUCAAAAUAUUUCUAGUGCUAGAUUAAUUCCAAUAAUAACUAGUAAUUCGACGCGGUCUAAAAGUAAGGACAUUCGAAGGGCGUGUUGUGAAUUUCUAGAAAUGAUAUUGACGCAAUGGCCCAAGCAGCCAUUAGAAAGACAGAUUCCAGCGUUGCAAGAAGCUGUUAAAACAGGAGUUGCUGAUGCUGAUCCUGAUGCACGUGUGAGUUCCAGAAAAGCAUUUAAAGGAUUCAAAGAACAUUUCCCUGAUCAUGCGGAACAUUUAAUACAAUCUCUGGAUCCGAGCUACAGAAAAGCACUUCAAGGAGAGGGAAUGUCUGCAAGUUCGUCCCAGAACAACCUUGCCAGUGGAUUCAAAACGCCCAAGAUGUAUGGUAGAUCCACAGCGGCUAGUACAACAGAUUCGGGAAAAAAGGGAUUCAGAAGUAAUUCUGCGAUUGACCUGCAAGCGGCGCAGCGAGCGAAAGCUAGAGCGCAGUAUUCUGCGAUGGCCAGGACGAAGAUUCAGUUCGGCACGGCCAGUCUACAGGGCGAGGUAGCUCAGCAAGCGAGACCAAAGAGAGCACCAGAGACUGCAGUAACAGCAUCUCCUGAACGAGUGAGUCGAACAAGAAAUCGAAACUCACAGUCACAACCAACGAGUAGGUCAGGAUCGCCUAGCUCCCGCCUGGCUUAUAUCUACCAUAGAGCACCUGAACACGAAUCUCCAAGACCAAGAAGAUUAUCUUCUGGUAUUCCCCGAUCAACACAAGGUUCCCGAGAUACGUCGAGAGAAACUAGUCCUAACAGAAGCAUGAAUAGGUUUAGAAGAGGAAGUGAUAGACCACCGAUGAGUCCCGCAUCGAGACCGGUAUUGGCCCAGAAAAUUUUACAGCAGAGCAGGGAAGCGGAAAAUGCAUUAGCGGAUGUAUUUAAUACGUCAGACCAUUAUAGGAGUCCGAGAAAGAACAUUAGAUCUGUCGAUAACCAGUCUGAUGAAUCAGAAACCUCCAGUGUGUGUUCGGAAAGAUCUGAGAGGUCUCUAGAUUCCUUUAGAAGGCAUUGUGAUUCGUACUCGUGGAGCGGCUCCCAGCAAAGGUUAUCAAGAGAUUUAUGGGAACCAUCUCGAGAUAUUAACCAAAUUAUAGCGUUAUGUGCAAGUACGAACUGGCAAGAACGGAAGGAUGGUUUAUUGUCAUUACAGUACUACCUCAGUACCGAAGUGCUUCUCUCCCCAGGAGAAUUGAAACAUCUAACCGAGAUAUUCACCAGAAUGUUCAUGGACUCACAUACCAAAGGUCUCAGCGUGUUCCUGGAUACUCUGCAUGAAAUCAUAAAAUGCUACAAGUCCGAUCUGGAGUUCUGGCUGUACGUCCUUCUGCAGCGAGUCUUCAUCAAAAUCGGCACCGAAACCCUUAGUUCUAUUCAAGGCAAAUUGAUGUCCACUUUAGAUCUUAUCAAAACCAGUUUUUCCAUCAAGUUGCUCAUCGCCAACGUGUAUCGGUUUCUUAUAGAUGCGACUCAAACUCCAAAUACAAAAGUAAAAAAUGUAGUCUUAAAUACUCUCUCAUCACUGUGCAACAACCCCGAUGCUGUUCAGCACAUUUCUCAGCCCCCUGCUAGUCAGGCGCUGCAAAAAAUCAUCACAUACGCUCAAGAUACCAAAUCUGCAGAAACUAGGCACGCCGCUAGACAAUGCAUCGUAGCUCUGUGGAAUUGUAAUACUCCUCAGGUAACAAUGAUACUAGCAGAGUUGCCUAAAGAUAUGGAGGAUUUGGCAUCCAACGUUGUACAUAGUCAUAUGAGGAAGAGCUCCACGGGAAGCGAGCCAGGAAGUCCGAUGACGAUGGGGAGUCCAAAACCUCUGUCGCCGGGUAUUUCCCCGUUCAAGGAAGGUUUAGAUCAGGAAGAGUUCCAUAGGAGACUUAGGAGGACUACGGCUGAAAUUCAGAAUUACAGCUUUGAAACUCUAGGUACUAAGUUAGACAGGGACAAAGUAACUACCUCACAAGACUCAGGCAUAUCCCAAAUGUCUGCUGGAAAUGAUAUAGGUAAAGAUGUCACGUUAAUAGAAGAACAAAUGGAGGAACUAUCAAUAAGGCCAAAUUUCAACGUCAGAUCAGGAUCUAAAUCGUUGCCGUAUGCAGCAGUUAAUGGCGUCACUGAGACUGACUCUUCUAAUGGAUUUAGAAGUUUAGGAGACGUGAAUGAUCUCGAACAAACUAUAUUAAGUGUUAUAGAUAAUUGUUAUGUGGCUAAUUUAACACCCGAAGAACAGUGUAAGUUGAUUUUACGAUUACAAGAAUUAAUUAAGAGUGGAUAUUCAGAGCCCAUCAAACGAAAUUUUAAAAAAAUACUACGUGUUAUAAUAGAUAAACUAGACGAAAAAGAGAUUCAAGUUACCGUUCUUCAAACGCUUAGAGCUAUCUUCCAAUCUCCAGAUCUGAAAGACUGCUGGAAGAAUUUUGUGGAAUUAUUAACUAUGAAAGUACUUGAAGCUCAUUCUGAUGACAACAGAGAGGUAAUGAAAGAAGCUGAAAAAACAGCAGCAGCGAUGACAGUAUGUCCAUUCGAGAGCAUUCUUUCAACUUUAGCACCAAUCAUCAGAACUACUUCAUAUCCGGUACUACUUGGAGCGAUCAAGAUGCUUGCAAAGUUAAUAGAGGCACAUCCAGAUGAAGUCACCGAUGAUCAUUUGGCGAAAAUAAUGCCAGGACUUAUAAAGGGUACUGAUCAUCCGGAGAGUUCAGUGAGGAAGAGCUCAGUGUUUUGCAUGGUCGCCCUACACAAAGCUGUUGGAGAGGAACGACUCUCUUCUUACAUCACUCAUUUAUCUGGUAGUAAGGUCAAGUUAUUAAAAUUAUAUAUAGAAAGAUCGGAAAUUAAUACUUCCGUGCCUACAAGUCCCAAAAACAACGGUAGCUAACCCACAAAGAAAACUACCAAAUAAAAUAUCUUCCAUGGUGAGACUAGUGUUGAUAGCACAGGUCAACAUCAAUUUUGAGUCCUGUACCUCUGAUUUUGAUUAAUAAUGUCAACUAAAGAAAGAAAUAAUAUUUUUAUCUAAUAAAGUUUGCGUAUGUACUUAUCAGAACGAAAUUUGAAAUUUUUUGAAAAAGCUCUUUUUUAAUUUAAAUUAUAUUUAAAAGCAAGAAAAUUUUGAAUUAUAACUUUAAUUAAGACGGCAUAUAUAAAACUCAAAAAUACAAAAAAAAACUUUAAAAAUGAUAGUUUUGGCAUUUCUUUUGUGUAAGCAAAAACUUUCUCGUAUGAGCCCCUAAACGUAGUCACCGAUCAUUUACUUUACUUUACUCCUUGGCGUUACAACCCUCCGGACAGUUUCGGGAAGAAUGAUUUUAAAUAAAGGCAUCAGAAUCUUGACGAAGAGCUUUUACGAACUGCUUCAUAAGACCUAAUUUUAUGUGUAAUGGAGGCAUUAAAAUAUGAUGGGGCUCCACAAUUGGUUUAUUUUUGACGGUUUGUGGUCCUAUUUGAAACUCACUCCGUUGAGUGCUGCUGAUCGUGAAGUGCGUCGGCUCUACUAUCCCAUAAACAAAGGUAACACUGAUAUUUAGUGUAUCCUUUUUGGAUUCCCUCCAGAAAAACAACCAUUUUGAAAUCUCCUAUCACUUGCCACCAAUAAGAAGCAAACUUGAAGCACCAUUUUUUAACGCUCUCGUAAUUUUCUUUGGGCCUAAAAGAACGAGCCUGAGGAAGAGAUAGAAUUUUAAAAAUGUAUAAACAUUCUCAAUUUCUUUGCAAAACGAAAAUGCAGCAGCUGCAUAAUACUCUGGUUAAAGCGGAGAGUGCAGGAAGAGUCUAUACCGGUUUCGGAGAUCUUUUUCCUCUCAUCUGUAAACCCAUAUCCUCUUCUCUCUAGUUAGUUUAUUUAGAUAGAGUUUUAUUUCCAUUGUGAAAAAGAAUUGCUUUUAAGAUUGUUAUAGAGCUGUAGGUGAAAAGACGCCAUUCAGAAGAAAUGCGAUGUAUUUCCUCUGGAUGGAGUCUUUUUUCGUAAUUUUUGCCAGUGCGACGCUUACGUGGAUUAACUAUAUAAAAAUAGCAUUGAUUUUCAGCAUUGAUUCAGGAUCAAUCAUUGAUAUGAUCAGCUGGCUCCCUCCAUAUUCUUGGUACUGCACCAAGUUCAUACUCUUUUUCCUCAGUACCAGGUUGGAAAAAAAUUAACAUCAUUCAUUAACGAAUGACACAUUUAAUGCAUGUGUUGAAGAAAUAUAUGUAUAUGUAUGCUUUUUCUUAUGAGGAUCUUUCAGUGCGUCACAGUUUUUCGAUUUCUUUCUAACGCAUUAAAUUGCAUAUGACAGAAAAAAACGCACGUCGGUGAUCACAUUUCGUCGGUGACAUUUAUAACAUUUAUUCUAGUUUUCAAUAGAUGGCGCUAUAAUCGAAAAAAAAAUUAUUUUCGAAUUAUAUAAUAUAUCUACGAAUAUAAUCUGUACAAUUUAUAAGACUAUACAAAUCAAAGAAAAUACCAUUUUAUAAAUGCAAUAAACAUAAUUGGUUUGAUUUUAUGCCAAAUUGCAAAUAAAAUGUGACAACUGUCAGAUUUAACUAAAAUGUCAUGUCACUAAAAUGUAUAUUAUCACGGACUUACCUUUUUUUCUAUCAUUUGUGACGCACUGAAAAAUGCUCAUGAAAAGAAGCAUACCUAUAUAUGUUUUUGUAUAUGUACACACUGGGGAACACAUUUUUUUGUUGAGUUAGAUCUGACACUUGUUUUUGACUAAUUUUUGGCGUCUGAAUCUGAGAAUAUCCUCAAAUUUUGUCUAUCACGUAAACUUUUUAAACUGAGGUGCCCAUUGAGUGCCCAUGCUUUAUCUUGGUUACCAAGUUUCACUUUAAAAUAGGCAAAAUAUGCUUGUCUGACAAAUGUACGGAUGUUUGUCCUUUGACUGAGAAUGGUAAAACUGCCGCAUAUAUAACAAAACGAAUCGGGGCUGUUUUCACACUUACGACGUGUAGGAACAGAGGUAGCCAUAAGGAGACGUUUCAGUUCAAACACACUAAGUCGUUCUAUACACUUCAGUAACGAAAUACUAAAUACUGCUAACCGACACACAACGUUUCACCACAGUAUAGCAGACGUAACUGAACAUUGACGGUUAAACUGCAAAACCUCGUAAGUCGAUUUUUGGUCCAUUAUGACUUUUAUACUUUGUUGGUUUAUACUUUUACAUAUCUUUUAAACUAUGAAAACAUGUAAGUCAAUAUUUAAAUUUAAUGGUACUAGCGACAUCUACAAAAAUCUCGUAAGUAAGAUUUUAAGUUACAAAACCUCGUAAGUAGCAUUUUUAUGAGACAAAACCUUGUAAGUUUAAUGAUAGUUUAAGAUAUUAAGUUACAAAACCUUGUAAGUCGCUCUUUGAAAAAAAAAACAAUAUUACUGAAUUUUUUUCGUCUCUCUAAAGUUACAUAAAACUGACUUACGAGGUUUUGCAGUUUAACCGUCGACAUGCCAGUCUAGACCAGUUAAAGUUAUCAUCGCGUCAUUCCCAGCUCCCAGUCAUCAUUAGCACCCACAUAGAAAACGAACGUGACGUGAUAGGAGAAAACUAAAAACAGUUUUGAAACCAGCAUGCCUAAUUCUAUAGAAAACAGCUAAAAAAUCUAACUCAACAUAAAUUGAGUUUCAAAUUGUUCUCCAGGGUUAUGUAUGAUGUGUUACCAUCUAAAGUGUUUUUUGAUCAAUAACUUGACAUUGUAUGGGUAAGUUAAAAUGAGUGUCAUAGGGUUUACCAAGUUUUAUAUUGAUGCCAAACAAAAUUUUUUUGCUUUCACAUAAAUUCGCCGAAAAUAUAGCAAAAAGAGCCCACGUCAUUUUUUCACUUUUUUACACAUUUUUAUACUUUGGGUCCUCGCGACACAUAAAAUACGUUAUUCCUUUGCAAUGCUCACGCGCACACUAUCGUGCCAGUCUGGUACUUUCUGCUUCACACCCACAAUCCCCCUCACCAAUCUCUUUCGUCUUAAAUGCAACGGCUCCUCAAAAAAUCUGUCAAAACAUGGUACAUAUAUUUAUUUUUCAUUACAUAAAGGUACAAAAGCAAACUUUAUUUAUUCUUUUUGAAGUUUCGAUAUAUACAAACAGAAAAUAUUUACUAAAUUACAGACUCAAAAGAUUUUUUUGUUGACCUGUGCAGUAGUAGUCGCCAUUGUUAAAGAAUUUUUCUCUUGAUUUCGAGACGAACACUGGGUUUAGUGAAAUGCGUCACUAACAGUAGUUUGGUUUUAAUUUUAUGUAUAACUUAAACAAUCAUUCUUUAAGCUACAUUAAGGUUUAAAACUGUAGUAACAAAUAUAUAUUAUAAAGUAAGACUAAAUUCAGUGUUCAUUCGUAUAAAAACUGUCAUUUUUGUGUUGUAGACAACCAGCUGACACCCAAUUCAGUGUAAACAAUGAAUUGUCGAUUAAUAAAUACAUUUUUUGUUAACAAUAACUUCUAUUUUUAUUCAAAACCUUAGUCCUUAUUUGGUAUAUGCAAUCUGUACUCGUACUGUAUUUUUGUGAGUCUGUAACAACUAAAAAGAUGUCCUCUUUUUAUUUUUUUUUAUUUAAAAUUAAAAAACAUGUAAGCGGUGCCUUGGUUAUUUACAACUAUACUUAAUUUCGCGUUAAGAACGGAACUUUGUUCCAGUGUUGCCAAACCACUCAGGCACGUGUUACUACUAGACUGCCGAUAUAUGGUUUAUUCUAAUCAGACGACAUGGCAUCGGCGCGUUUCAAUCGUCCUUAAGAAAUACAUAGCCCUAUCUCUGCAAGGUUCCGUUCUUAACAUGAAACGGUCUAUAGUCGCAAAAGAUUAGGACUAACGAUCUAUUAACAAUUUUAAAACUAAUAUUUUUUGUUGCGUUUUCCCUAUUCCUCAAUCUUUUUAACCGGCUUAAACAGAGCACUUAACACACACUUUUAGACAUAAACUAUUUGCACUAACUCAAAGGGUUUAGUUCUUUUGAGUCUUAUCACUAUUCCAUGCUGAUCCAGGAGUUGAAUAGCAUUUACGUUUGCAUGAUUGAAUUCUGCUUUCAUGCUUCUUUACAAAUACUUUAAUCAUAUCUGCGACCAUUUCCACACCUAGGUCUCUGUGUAAAACUCUACUUGUUACGUACCAUGGAGCAUUUACAAUGUCCCUCAGUAUUUUAUUCUGAAAACUUUAAAACAAAAAUAGUCUUCAUGUUUUAUUGAUGACUCCCAAAUAUCAUAUAGUCUGAUAAAUAACCUCCUUAGAAAUUAAAAACAUGUUUUCUCUUAGCUCAAUAUAACCAUUCCUGAAAUUCGAGCUAUCUCUUCGAUUUGGGAACACAUAAUGGUUAUUUGAACUCUGUUCACUGCUACUCUAAAAAGCUGGUUAUACGAGCAAAUAAACCACUCUCUGAGAUUGCGCAACCAUGACAUUAUUCUCGUUCCAACGCCACGUUUUCCUAAAAUCUUGUUCAAAAGCCACCCGCCUAUAUGUUAUAGUACAGUUUUUUUACGAUAAGAAUGAAAUGACGUCACACAGUGGUCAAGUGAGUUGUUGUGAAACUAUUUUUCUAUUUUCGAUUCUUCUUAAACCCAUAACCUAACUUUUCGUUUUCUUUUUUUAAAAACAAUUUUCUGGGCACAACUACCUAAAGCUGUAGGCAUUUUUGAAAAUUUAUAAAAGUUUAUUAGUUUUCCAAAAAACUUUUUUAGUUUAAUUUGCCGCAAAAAUUGAAACGACAAAGUAAAUACCCAACACGACCUAACCUCCAAUUCACCCAAUCACAAUAAGAAAAGGCCGCGAGAAAUGCACUGCCAAUUCUGCAGUAUUAGUUGCGUUGGCGGAUACCUGAAAUUAUCAGAAAAUUGGAUAAAUUGUCAGAAAACGCAUGCGCACUUUAAAAUGAUAUAAAUAAUAUCGUUAAUAGAUAAAUAUACAAGGUAUAUUUACCUAGCAUAAUUUAAUAAUUAGUUAUUAAUAUUAAUUAUCUCUUAUUUAUCUAUUAACGGUAUUAUAAUAUAUAUUAAGUGAGGUUAGAAAUUGUCGGCGACAAUUUGUCAACUGUACCCGCGAACGCACCUAUAGGGCUUUUCAUUCACAGUCAUUUGUUUCGAGCUUCUGUCAAAUGUCGUGUAAUCCGUGUAUAUUAAUAUUAUACACAGAUUAUACAACAUAUGACAGAAGCUCGAAACAAAUGACAAUCGAUGAAAAGCCCUAUUUGUGCCAACUGAUAAUUCACUAAAAGUCACUAAUUAUGUCAGAAUCUAUGGAUAGGGAGUUUGCUGUAUGGUUGGACAUUUAAAAGUUACUAGAAUGUCAUCAUUUCAUUCUUAUCGUAAAAAACUGUGUAUACGCACUAGCUGGGAAGAAUCAGCUGGAUUCUGCGUUUCGUACUGCUAACUGUUCAAUAGUGUUCUAAAGUAUUAUCUGCUAUUCAAAUAGAUUUUUACUCAAUCUGCUUCAUUAGUUACCCAAUGUCACUAAGAUGUAUCGUUUUACAAUCUGCACAAUGAAAAUUUACCAUAAUUGACGUUUGACAUGAUUACGUUUGACAUAUUUCAUUUACUACUUUCCUUUUUCAGCAUUAGAUUAUAUUUUUCAGUGUUAGAGAGUUUAACGCUUUUAAUACAACGUUAUAUAAAACGCAUGCUCAAACGGUAUCGAAUAAAACUUUCAUCACUUGUGAACUAAAAUGGAAUUUAAUAAUAAAGAUUUUUUAUAUCUGAAUUGUGUUUCAGCUCCUUGUAUGUUGCUUUUACUAAUUUACGCUUGAAUUAGUUUUGUUUAAAAUAGAAGUUGUAGAUUUUUUUUACCUAAUAGUAAGAUCUAAGAUUCAUAUUUUUUAAUAUUAUCCAACAUUUUUACGUCUUAAACUAAUUUAUUGGAAUUAACGUGUUUUAUCUGUUUUAAUUAUUAUUAUUUUAAAAAGGUUGUAUAUAUUGAAAUAAUUACUGAUAUUGCCAUUUCCCCAUUUCCUUCCUUAUUAAGUUAGGAGCACUCUUUGUGCCAUUUUUACUUGUUGAAUGAUUUUAACAUCGACGUGCAUUGAGGUAGCUUUAUUUAGCUCUUUACUUGAUGAAAAAGUUAUUUGUUACAAAAUACGAAAAAGUGCGACGUGCUGGAAGAAAUCUGGCAACACCGCCUUACACAUCAACUCUCCCUCUUCCUUAAUCCACCACUUUCGCCUCGCUACAUUGCUCAGUGUCGGUCUAGCAGCCUUCGAAGAUGGAGGUCCUGGUCGCUGUUACCGCCAUUGCGAAAUUCAUGCUGUGAUACGUUUUUAAAUGCAAAAUGGAUUUCAUCUAUUGACAUUCAUCGUCAGUUAAUCGAAGUUUAUGAGUAAAAGUACAUAUUAUGUUCAACAGGUUCGCAAAUGGUGUAGAGCAAUCUGAAGGCCUUCCGCUCGGAUCUUCUACGUGAAUUUCCGUUUGGCCUUCACUGAAUCCUCUACACUAUUUGCAAUUAUGUUGAACAGAUAUGUACUUUUACCCAUAAAUUUCGAUUAUCUGACGAUUAAUGUCAAUACUUCACACACUUACAAUAAUUUCACAUUAGCGGUACCUAACAGAGACCAGGACCUCCAUCUUCGAAGACUGCUAGGUCUAGAUUUAGACAGUAUAUAGUCCAGAGAAAUACGGUUUUUGUCGGGACACUUGAGGAGCCAGGUUGCAAAUGGAAUUUUUGGGUACUACAUACCUAAUGCAUUAUAAAUACAAAAGUGCCCGUCACAGUUCGGACGAGAAUUUUAGUUAUUAACAAAUAAGGGUCAAAAAAUGGCAGUUUUUUCGUUUAAAUCGCUAGAUGUAAAAAUAGGGCUAUUAAAUAUCUUGUUUAGAAUAUUCAUCUUUUAGUAGAUGAGCAAAGGUGUAAAAUGGCAGUUCUUGAAUUUUGGUCCGAUCAUUUGUUGCUUCGCUAAUUGAAAGAAAAGACUAAAAUUUUGAAAAUAAAAAAUUUGCUAUAACUUGCGAAAAUGAACUUAAGGCUUUGAUAUUGUACGAAAAGUUGAGUCAACCAGUAUAUAUAAUGCCCUAAAAAUUUCAAGGUUAUUCGGCGAUUAGUUUAAAUUUUAUUCAAUUCGUUUAUACUGAUAAUAAUAAUAUUCAAAAUAAUAAUGAUACAGCAAUUCUGUGGAAACCUCUUGAAAGAAGAAUACUUAUAUUUUCAAAAUGUUUCAAAAAUCAAUAAAAAGUAAUUUUUAUCAUUCCGAAAACAUUUUACUAGAGUCAUUUUUUGGCUUCUAAACAAUUUGAAUAGCUUUGUUAAUGUUGACUGUAGAGUAAAUCUACUUUGGGAUUUCAAAAGCUAGUAUUUUUACACGAAUUUCAAAAAAAACUUUUUUUGUAGCUUAAUUACAAUCAAAAUUAGCCAUUCCUAUUAUUUGAUCAACAGUAACUUCUGUUUACAUAAAAUUCUCCUGUAACAGUGCUAGUUACCAUACUUCUCCGAAACGGCUUGACUGAUUUUUAUGCAAUUUUACACAUAUAUCCUGUAGGGCUAAGGAUAGGUUUUAACCUAUUUUUCAUACCCAUAUGUUGUAAGGGGGUGCCCCACUGAGUUUUUUUUUAUUUUUUUGGAAAAAAUUGUCUAUCUUAAUUUUUUAUUAUGUAGCAUUAAAAAAUACAUACAAUCCUUAAUUUUCACUCUUCUAUCUCCAACGACUAUUUUUUAAGAGCCAUCUAUAUAUUUCAUCUAUAAAAUUCUCCUGUCACAGUGUUAGUUGCCAUACUCCUCCGAAACUGCUUGACCGAUUUUUAUGAAAUUAUAUAUGUAUAUUCGGUAGGUCUUAGAAUCGGUCGCAAUCGAUUUUUCAUAUCCCUGAGUGAUAAGGGGGAUUCCCCCUAACAUUUUGUAAUGUUUGGUAGGAGUAUGUAUACAUAACGUUUUCUAAAGGACUACGAGUACAUGCAAAUUUAAAAAAUUAUGAUCAAAAUCCAUCAACAACCUCCGGAGAUAUUAAUCGCAGCAUAUGUUUGAAGAAUCAAUUUCAUUUUUUGAAUGCACGAAUUUUAAUAUUUCCCCUCCACCGACCACGAAUCGAUUUCGUUAGGACGUCAUUUUUAACCACUCUGUUGAAGAUCAAAGUUUACUCAAAUUUGUACACAUAAACUAUAUACCUUUAACUUCAAAAUGGUGGUACUUAAGUUCCUUAAUUGUUAUAAAUAAAGUAGCUGUGAAUUAAAUAAAAAAAGAGGAUAACUUUGACCGUAAUUAACCUAAAAAAAGUUUUUUUUUUUUAAAUUCGUGUAAAAUACCAGCUUUUCAUCUUAAAGCAGCUUUAGUCUGCAGUCAAUAUUAACAAAAUUAUUCAAAUUGUUUAUAAGUCAAAAAUGAGUCUUCUUUAGUAAAAUGUUUUCGGUAUAAUUAAAAUGACUUUAAUGAUUUUUUUUUAAAUACGUUGAAUACAUAAAUAUUUUUCUUUCAUGUGGUUUCCACAGAAUUGCUAUAUCGUUAUAAUUUUCUGAACAAUGACAUCGCAAAGAAAAGCUCUUUGGGAUAAACAAAUUGAAUAAAAUUUAAACUAACUGACGAAUCGUCUUAAAAUUUUUUGUGCACUAUAUGGACUGUCUUACUCAACUUUUCGUGCAAUUUGAAAGUCUUAAGGUCAUUGUCGCAAAAGUUAUAGUAAUUUUUUUAUUUUCGAAAUUUUAGUUUUAUUUUGAAAGAAUCCGAAGCAACAAAUGAUCGGACCAAAAUUCUAAAAGAAGCAUACUAUAAAUAAAUUUUUAUAUAAAUUUUAUAAAAUUUUUAUAUAAAUUUUAUAAAUUUUUUAUUUUCGAAAUUUUAGUUUUAUUUUGCAAUAUCCGAAGCAACAAAUAAUCGGACCAAAAUUCAAAAAACGCUAUUUUAAACCUUGGCCCGUCUACUAAAGGAAAAAUAUUAUAAAUAAGACAUAAUUACCCUAAUUUUACCUGUGGCGAUUUAAAUGAAAAAACUACCAUUUUUGACACUUAUUUGUUAAUAACUAAAAUUCUCGUCCGAACUAUGACGGACAUUUUUGUAUUUAUAAUGUAUUAGAUAUAUAGUACGCAAAAAACCCAUUUGCAACCUGGCUGCUCAAGUGUCCCGAACAUGGUAUAUUUUUGCCUUACUUCCCUGGUGUAAUAGUGAUUUAACCAGCAUUUGAAAACGGGAAACUCCAAUCAUUACAACUUGUAUCACCUCAAAGUCAUAACUAGUUUGUCAAGGAAAAGUUUUGAAUGAGAUGUUUUUCUUUCAUCUUGCAGUACCGUCUCCUAUCGGAGGUUGGCUACCAUCACAGCAAUCUUAACUUUGUUGGCUGCAGCUCUGAACAAUUUUAUUAAACUGCACCCGUACCACUCACUUAAAUUUCGCAAUCAGGAAAUCCUCCUACGUCCCAUAUUUCUCUUUCUUUAGAGUAUGGUCUAUUCUUUGGUUUUCUCCUCAUAUAGCAAUAGAUGCAAAACUGGUUCAAGUUAGCAUAGAAACACUACUAUUCCUUGGUUCCACUGAUCAUGUAUGUUAAAGCUACUUCGAUAAUAAAGUUUAUUUUAUAUUAUUGAAUGUAAUGGGCAAUAUUGAUGGCAAAACAUAGGCUAUUAUUUCUAAGACAGAUGAAAACCUUUUAAUUUUCUUUGGACGAAAGAUCCUGAGAGGAAUAUUUGGUCACAUUGUGAAGAUUGCAUCUACAGUAGAAAGUAUAAAUUCUUCUUCCUUCUUGUAUGUAGGCUUUAAAGCCUGUUUCUUCUUCAGUAUUAGACUCAUAAAUUGUUUAAAUUAUCGCACCAUCUUUUUCUUGGUCUGUUAAUACUUCUUCGUCCAUUUGGUGACUUAUCUCGUACUAUUCGUACUAUCCUAUCCUCUGCCAUUCUACUAAUGUGUUCGUUCCACUCCUGCUUCCGUUUUGUCCCCCAUCCAUUUAUGUCUUCUAUAUUGCAUGCUCUUCUUAUGUUUUCGCUUCUCUCCCUAUCUAACAGACUUUUCCCUGAUAUUCGUCGAAGUAUUUUCAUCUUUGUUGUUUCUAGUAGUCGUCUCGUUUUAGAUGUGUCAGGUUUUGUCUCCGCCGUGUAUGUCAAUAUAGGUCUAAUUGCUGCUUUAUAGAUUCUUGCUUUUGUGUCUUGUCUUAGGUGUUUGUUCUUCCAGAUUGUGCCAUUAAGAUACCCCGCCGCUUUACUUGCUUUUAAGCUUUGUUGUACUUCUUCUUCAACAUCGCAGUAACUAGUUAUAUAUAUUCCCAGAUAUCUAAACCUUGCUUCCUGCUUUAUUAUUUUCCCAUCAAUUUCGAUUUUACAUCGUAGUGGGUAUUUAGAUGUCAUACAUUUGGUUUUUUCUGCUGAUAUUAUCAUAUUUUAUUUCUUGGCUGUUAUAUUCAAUAUGUGUGUUAAUCUUUGGAGAUCGUCUUCUGUCUCUGCGAUUAAUGCGGCGUCGUCUGCAUAACAUAAUAUUUGGAUUUCUUUGUUCCCCAUUCUGUAACCAUGACCUUUACGUACUGCUUCUAUAUUUCGUCCAUUAUUAUAUUAAAGAGCAGUAGGCUUAACGAGUCACCUUGUCUGACUCCGCUUUGUACUGUAUAAACUGUGUUAGUUUUCAAUUUAUCUUUGCCAGUAUUCGAUUAUAGAAUUAGAUGUUUUCAGUGGAUUGUAUAAUAUUGAUUGGUAUGUUUCUUCUAUACAGUAGGUGUAAGAGGUCUUCGACUUGGAUGCGAUCGAAAGCUUUUGUCAGGUCUAUAAAUCAUAGAUAUGCUGUUUUAUUGUACUUGAUGGCCUUUUCUGUGAUUUGUCUUAGUACAAAUACGGCGUCUACGCAGGAUCUUCCGGAUCUAAAUCCUUGUUGUUCAUCUGAUAAAGUUGUUAGCUUAUUGAUUUUGUUGUUUAGGACUAGGUUAAGAAAGUAUAACUGACAUGUACAAACAUACAUCAGGAUAUGAGGGGAAAAGACAUGAGGUCUUACAUAAAAAUACGAAGAAUGACGUUGGCAAGACAUUUAACACUAUCAUAGAUAUUGUCGUGUUCCCCAGAGGAACAGUUAUACCAUGGUUCGAGGAGAAGUAGAUGUAGACCAAAACUUAGAAGAAUGCAGUGGUUGAGGAUCCUAAGAAAUCUGGUGCGACGGUUGUCAAUAGAUAUGACUGAGCUUUGAAGGGGAGUUUGGAGGCUCUAUUUAGGACUGUAGUACGAUGAAUGUCCACGAUCAAAUUUAGAAUUUUUGUCCCUAAUGUCUUGUUUAUUAUUAAUAUGUAUUUAAAAGCCCUAAGUACUUUUCUUAAGUGUUUUCGGAUAGAAUUACCCAGUGUAAAAUAAGUAACAAUAACAAUAAGAGCCUUUGAACAAUAUUCAAGAGAACAAUCAAUCGUAUUUUAUUGAUUAUAGUUUUAAAAAAACUGCUCAUGUUUUAUACAUAUAUAAAACUAUGAAAUCAGUAGAAAGCUAAAUAAAGCUAUCGAUAUAAUUUGUUUCGAAAUCUUUUUGAGUUAUAUAGCUGGUCUUGUUAUACAUAUUUUAUUAUAUAGAAUAUUUAUGUAAUUUGUGUAAUGUUAAAAUUAGCUGUUCGAAAUUUUUGUACUUUUAUAAAGUUUCUUCUGUUUGAACCAAAAUAUGUUGACAGGUAUAUUUGUACAUACUGCUCACGCACAUGUACAAUGUUGUAUGGACUACUUCAGGAAUGUUUUUUAUUGUUAAUACUUGAGUCAUUCUUCGUUAAUAUUAAGAUUAUAUUAUUCGGCUCAUUGGAAAAAAAUUAUCGUAUAGGUACUAACCUUUUCUACUAUUUUACUAUGUUUUAGAUUUUUGAAAUUACUUACGGUUGUUAGUUUCGUAAUAUUUCGAAUAUUAUUAAUAGGCUUUUUAAUAUACUUUUCACCUUAGACAACCAAAGAUGCCUACGGUAGUAGUCCGGGUUGCCUAACAAUAUAACUACGGUCAUAGGCCAUUUAGCCCAGUAAAUGAACGGGAAAUUCGGCGAUACCGUGUAAUUUUCAGGGGCAACUCCGAAUUGCAUGAAAAUUUGGAUUUAGGUUCUACUUACCCUCCACUUCAAAGUUGAAAUUGUGCCGUUGGUUGCUUUUACUUGGGGGGUGACAGUCACCCCUUCUCGGGGGUGAAAAACAUACGUCCAAGAUAAGACCGGAAAUAGAUAAAUUGACUGAUUUUAAGCAACUUUUGUUCUAUAGAGUUUUUACCUAAUUCAAUACUUUUCGAGUUAUUUGCCAUUGAAAAUGUUGAUUUUUCGACAAAAAAACUACGUUUUCAGACGGUUUCUCGCAAAUAACUCAAAAAGUAAAUAUUGUAUCGAAAAAAAUAUUAUUAGCAAAAGUGUAGCUUAUAAAAAAACCCAAAAAAUGGUGUAGUCUAUCAAUCAAAUAAAAAUAAAGUUGUAGCUCAUGAAAAAUACGUUCUUAUUCGUCUAAUUCCAAAUUAGAUUAUUUCAAGGUGAAAUCACCAAAAAAUUGAGCACUUUUCGGGAAAAACUCAUUUAUUUUUAAAGUGUUUAUAAAAAGCUUUGUUUUAAUUGUUAACAAAAGUUUUAGCAUUAAAAAUAAGCCAGUUACGCUCAAAAUAAAGUUGGCCCUCUUUUUUUUUGUAAAAAAUCAUGAAAAUCUCGCCGUGUUUAGCUCCCAAAAUGAAAUUAAUCGCUACCGCUUUACAAACAAAUUAGUUACCUAUCUAUUUUUUAUAUGAUCUGUCAGUCUCACCGGUUUAAAGUGUUUAUUUUUGAAAGGGUUAUAAUUGAGAAAGCUUGAAUUGGUCACUAAUCACGAGUGUAUGCAAAUUUUUAACAGCCAUAUCUUAACCAAUUUUUGUCUUACAGAGAAACAAAAUGAAACUAGCAUAUUUAUAAUAGCAAAACCUACAUUUUUUACUCUUUAAGAUUUUUCUUAUCACUAAUACUUUUUAAAAUAUUUUGAAAAAAUGAAAUUUUUCAAAAAUUUUUAGAAAUUUUUUUUACUAUAAAACCAAAUGUUUUCAAAAAUAAGCGCUUCAAAGCAAUCAAACUUACAGAUCAUAUAAAUAAUACACAUAUAGUUAAAAUAGAUGGUAAAGCCAAACGAUUAAUUUCAUUUAGGGUACUAAAUAGAAGGAGGUUUUCACGAUUUUUUUUUACCAAAAAAAGAGGCCAACUUUAUUUUUCAGUGUAACUCGUUUAUUUUUGAUGCUGUAAACUUUUGUAAAAAACAAAUAAUAAGCUUUUUUUCGAUACUUUAAAAAUGUUAAUAAGGUUUUCCCGAAAAAUGCUUCUUUCUUCGGUGAUUUUACGUUGAAUUAUUCUAUUUGGAAUUAGACGAAUAAGAACGUAUUUUUCAACUAUGCUUCUACUCAAUUUGUAGACUUUACUGGUACACAAUUUUUUUCGUUCUUUUAUAGGAUACACUUUUGCUAAAAAUAUUUUUUUCCAUAAAAUAUUUACUUUUUGAGUUAUUUGGGAAAAACGGUUUGAAAACGUAGUUUUUUUUUUGUCGAAAAAUCAACAUUUUAAAUCGCGAAUAACUCGAAAAGUAUUGACUUACGUAGAAAACUUUAUAGAACAAAAGGUGCUUAAAAUAAAUUUAUCCAUUUCCGGCCUUAUUUUAAACACGCGUUUUUCACCCCCCGAGAAGGGGUAAAUGUCACCCCCAAGUAAAAGCAACCAACGGCACAAAUUCAACUUUAAAGUGGAGGGUAAGUAGAACCCUAAAUCCAAAUUUUCAUGCAAUUCGGAGUUGCCCCUGGAAAUUACACUCCAAAACCGUCAUUUAUUGGGCUAAUUAAGAUCAAUAGAAAUAUAAUAUGAUAGGUGAUUCAUUUAGAGGUACUUUUUUCAAAAAAAAAAAAACAAUAAAAAAAAUGAAUUUUAUUUGAAAAUCUUUAUUAUCAUACAAAAGAACCAUUUUUUACAAUUACUUUUUAAAGAUAAUUUAUUUUAAAUGUUGGCCGUGACUGCGGUUAUUGGAACUUCCGGUCCAUUCGGAAGUUCCAAUUCUCGAUGAGCGUUCGAGCAUUUCUAUUGGUAUUUAACCAAUGACGUAAGUAAUAUUGGCCUCCAAUACCUCAACCGUAGCUGGUUUAUUGAGGUAGACUUUGGGCUUUAGGUAGCCCCAAAGGAAAAAGUCCAGAGAUGUGACGUCACGGGAUCUAGGCGGCCAAUUCACUGGUCCAAAGCGUCAAAUAAAUUGCUCACCGAAUCUUUCCCGCAGUAAAGCCUUAUUUCUGACUGACACUGUAAUGAAAGUGUUAAUACUGAAAUCUAAAACAUAAUUUAAUAGUAGAAAUAUACAUUAUUAUUAUGAUUGGCGUUAGAUUAACAAAGAAAGACUUGUUUUUUAAUUCCCACAUUCAGAUUAAAGACUAUUUUACUACUUUGACUUCGACAUAAAAGAGUGAUUUUUAAGUUUGAUUUUAUUAUAUAAAAAAAUAAAUAUAUUUAUAUUAUUGUUCUAGAAACCACAUUAAUUUGUUCACAGUUUAAUUUUGUAACAUAUCAUAAGACGGUAAUAUUUGGUUUUAUAAAUUUAACCACAGUUUGAAGAUAUUUUAUUCAAUGUACAAUUAUUUUCUUUCUGGCAUGUUAGUAUCCAUUUAAGGAGAAAUAAUACAAAAGACACAAUCUGGCAACACUUAUCAACAAUAUUAUAUCUAAAUAAAUAUUGAAAAAAAUUUAUCAUUUAAUUUUGUGCUGUUUGCUUUAGAGAAGAAAGCUGAAAGAAUAACGCAGUUUCCUUAAUUUCUAGAUUUUUAUGAUAGUCUGUUUUUAUAUAAAAAAGCACUGGUUUUUAGAACUCUUUAGCGACACUUUGAAUAAUAUAAUAUUUAUGGAUUACCGUCGAAGGCCGACAUGAUCAACCAAAAAAGAAGAUGUAUUUGGUGAUUUUUCUAGUGAUUUUGUUGGGUGUUAAUCGUCUUGUUAGUUUACUCCUGGUUUAAAAUCAAAGCAUAGUGUAUAUUAUACAAUGCACAAUCUUGACCCAGUGUAUAUAUUGAUGCCAAAAUGAGAGAGCAUAGGUUAAGAUGGUUUGGUCAUGUUCAACGUCGAGUCAUUAAUCACCCAAUAUGAAGAAUAGCUGAAGUGCAGGUUCCUGGAAAGAGUAGGAGAGGAAGACCAAAGAAGACCUGGGGGGAGACGAUAAGGCAGGACAUGUUGGUAAAGGGGAUUAACAUUGAUAUGACCCAAAAUAUAAUUGUGUGGAGAAAUGCAAUUAGGGAAGCCGACCCCGCAUAGGGAUAAGGCAAAGAGAAUGAUGAUGAUGAUGAGUACGUAAAUCGUUCAGCUGGACAUAGGGAGUAUACAUUGAGAUAAUUAUUGCAACUGCGCUCUCUCGAUGACCAUAUGUUUGUUAGCAUUGGGCAUUAACCUCAAAAUUGACAAUUCAUUUCGUCUGAUACAAAUAAACGUCAAAACAUGACAAUGUAUUAGCUAAAUAUUUUUGGCCUAGGGGAAAACGGUGUCUGUUUAAUUUUGAAAUCAGUUUUUAAAUAAAUUUGUUUUUGAAUUAUGUAUGGACAGCCUUGGUGCCAAACUCACUCAUUCUAUUCUUUCUAACAGCUCUAUUGCACCAGAAACUCGUACUCGAACAGAAGCUUCAACUAACACAGGUUAGCCCAGUUGCCACAAUUCUCUCAAUGUGUAUUCCCUAUGUCCAGCUGAACGAUUUACGUACUGUAUGUGUCGAUGAAUUAAUUACUUUAUGAAGAAGUGUGAUUGGUAAAUAAAACUUUAUUUUUAACAGUUACAAACGAAAACUUAAUAUUUAGUUACAAUUAAUGAAAAAUGGCGUAUGACUCGCUCUAUGGUCGGUGAUCAUCUCUCCUUGUUCUGCGUCUCUCCGGCCGAUCCUAGGUGUACAGUGUUGUCACUUUGUCUUUUUUGUCUUUAGAUUCUGAACAAUGUGUGAAACUCUUAAUAAUUUCUCUCAUUACACCACAAAUCAUUUAAUGAAAAUAAUGCUUCAUUAAUGUGGUAUCUAGAACAUAAUCCAAUCUGUGACCAAUCAGAACUCGUGCAGUUUUCAGAAAUUUUGAACCGGUCAAAGAUUUUGUGAUUAUUAGUUUUAUAAAUAUGUAUAUAAUAAAUUUUGAUGUUUUAUAGUGAUAAGUUACGUAACUCUUUGUUUAAUAAACACGUUGGAAUAACUGAA